CAAAAUCGUGUAGUUCGGAUGUGUAAAGAUGGAAAAGGUUUGGGCUGAGACAGCUACACUGGCUUAUUGAUAAGGUCGUCGAUGCUCAGCGCCGUGGACCUGUUUCUCCUGCAGGCAUAGGACCUGACCGGCAGCAGGUCACAGUUUGCUAUGUGCUCGUCCAACUUCAACUUUAUCAACCCCUCCAUGGAUUUAAAAACAAAUGGCCCUUUGGUUUUGGAAGGAGAGUAUGCCAAUGAUGCAGAUGUCAUAUUGGAGGUCAGUAGUGCGGAAUAUAAGAAGACGAUGUCGAAAUUUGACGAGCUUGUAAAGAAGGUGCUUGCUUUAGAGCAGCGUAAGCGGGAGCUUGAAGGGGCGUCUAAAACAGGACCACCAAAUAGUGAGGGCAACGAUCGUUUGAUAGAAAAUGGCGAUAUUCUAGACACUCUGCGAGUAUGUAAGGAGCAGACCGGUUAUUCCGAGCCUCAAGAGAACGUGAAGCCGCAAUGGGCCAAUCUGUUUUCGGGUCUGAAUCGCCAUCGGAACAAAGCUGGCGCCACUCCCGAUCAAUUCUAUCAGCACAAGGCGAACAUUAUUUCCACUCGAAAGAUCAUCUACGACCCAAAAGAGCCCACACCCACUGGCGUUCAGCUUUCUGAGCAGUCCCCGCUCCUGCUUGUGGACUUGCUAAAGCAUGAGAAGCGCGGUUUAAUAUGGAUGCAGUUCCAGGAACUGCAGGAAAUUCGCGGCAUCCUGGAAGACGCAUGAGCUAGGAAAGACUCUUAGAAU